AUGAUCCGGCGCUGGCGCGCGAGGUGGCGCGUGGUGCAGGAGAUGCGGGGGGCUCACAGAGUGUGCGGUGCCCCAGCUCGUGUCCCUGGGUCGUCCAAGCGCCUGCGCGCAGUGUGGAGCGCUUGGUCGCCCUGGGCGCGGGGCCGCAGCUCUGCUCGGCGCCAGUGCGAGCACUUGGCCGCGGCGAAGGGCCAGCAGGUGCGAAUGCGGCAGGCGGGCGGCUGGCGGUGCACCCCAAGAAGCGCAGCGCUGGCUCAGCUGAUGGCCGCGUGGAGGUGGCGAGCGCAAACGAUACGCGCGUUCUCGCUCGCAGCAUCCAAGAGGGAGCUGCACGCCUUCCAGGCCUGCUGGCUUGCCUGGCGGCUGAGCCGCGCUCGGCGCGAGCAGCUCCUGCUCGCCGGCUCGACGCUGCAGGCGAGGGCGGCCGCUGGCGCGAGGCAGCUCGCAGCCGUGCUGGGCCGUGCCUGCCGCCGGCAGUGGGUGGGCGAGGCCGAGUGGAUCUCGCGCGCCUCGGGGGACCCGACCAUGCAGGCCAUGUUCGCGCGCUUCGCGCACGCGGUGGAGGGCCACGGGGGUGCCGGCGGCGAGUCGCCGGCGCUCCGCCCUCCAGCGGCUGCGCGGCGGGACGCGUUCCGCUCCUUGCUGGAGCUCAUCUGGGCGCGCCGGCAGCUGUCGGUGGCGCUGCGCCGCGCGGCCACGGGGCUGCGGCCAGGCCCCGGCACAGCGCCGCGCCUGGCGGUGCCCUCGCCGCUCACGCGCUGGGUGCUCGGCGCCUGGCCCGGAGAGGAGCUGAUGCCCGCCGCGGGGAGCCCCUGCCACCAGCUGGCCCUGCGGCGCCUCCGCCACACGCUCCCCGAGCUCGGCCGAGGCCCUCCGAGGCCCGCGUGUGCCCUCGGCCCUGCCGGCAGCUCCUCGGGCGGCGGCGGCGGGCCGUGGGCGGCGGGCGGCGGCGGCGCCCCAGCAGCGGAGCGGCGCGCGCUGAUGUGGGGCGUGCUGGCGGACCUGGUGGUGGUGCACUACCCUGCGCGACGGCGCGGUCUGCUGCCCCCCUGA